UUCGCGCAACACCACGUUCCAUCGUUCGUGCCCAGCGGUGCUACAGCGAGGAAAUGGGCGGUGACAAGCGAUCGGCGCCGGACGCCGAGACGACGGCCUUGGCCAAGCGCGCGCGCCCGGAUGAGAACCAGACCUUCCCGCGCAGCUCGGCCAUCGUGCCCGUGGACGCCAAGGUCGUGACCAUCAGCGCCAAGACCGACAGCAGCCAGCGGACGUCCGACCUCCUCGCGCCCACGAUGCUUCUCUCGGGCCAUAGCGCCGCCGUGUACUCGAUGGCCUUUAGCCCCAACGGCAAGAGCGCGGCCUCGGCGUCGUUUGACAAGUCGAUCUUUCUCUGGAACGUCUACGGCGAAUGCACCAACUACAACGUCUUGAGCGGCCACAAGAACGCGGUGCUCCAGGUGCAAUGGUCGUACGACGGCAGCAUGCUCGUGUCGGCCUCGGCGGACAAGACCGUUGGCCUCUGGGACGCCGAGACGGGCCGCCGCCUUAAGAACUACAAGACCCACACGGCCAUUGUCAACAGUGUCUGCCCCGUCGCCAAGGGUCCGCAGCUCCUUGUCAGUGGCAGCGACGACCGUACGAUCAAGAUUUGGGAUACGCGGCUCAAGCGCGAAGUCGCCACGAUCGAAGAGCGAUUCCAGGUCACGGCGGUCUGCUUUGGCGCCGACUCGAGCCAAGUCUUUUCGGGCGGCGUCGACGGGCUUGUCAAGCAGUGGGACAUGCGCAAGGCCGACGCCGGGCCCGUCGACAUUCUCACAGGCCACAGCGAGAUCAUUACGAGCUUGCAGAUGAGUCCGGACAGCAACUUUGUGCUCUCGAACGCCAUGGACAGCACGCUGCGCAAGUGGGACGUGCGUCCGUUCUGCGAAGGCGCGCGCUGCAAGAUGAUCUACUACGGCGCCAAGCACAGCAACGACCGCAACUUGAUUCGCGCGAAUUGGAGCCCCGACAUGCGCUACGUCGGCAGCGGCAGCGCCGAUCGCCACGUGUACAUUUGGGACACGGAGACGGGCGAGCUGCGGUACCACCUCCCGGGGCACUCUGGCAGCGUCAACGAAGUCGCGUUCCACCCGAACCCGAGCGAGCCGAUCGUCGGCUCGUGCAGUAGCGACAAGACCAUGUACUUUGGCGAGCUCCUCGACAGCUACGUCGCGGCCUAGGCUUCGAACCCCGAUAUCUCCCGGCUUCUUUAUAGUUUCUAUUGCUCGA